AUUGCUAAGUUUGUAUUCAAGCAGUAAACAUGUUCAAAACGGUGCUUUUGGUCUGCGCUCAAGCGCUUUUCGUUCAGUCUAUUGCUGGACAGUGUAUGGGGCGUCAUGGUACGACUCAUUUGGUCACUACUCCCUCUUGUUCAGCAACACACUUUACAGCUCCUCUCGCACUCACCGCUCCUAGUAGUAAUUGUGGCCACAGUAUCACUUCUAUCCCUGCUUCUAGCGGCGGUGGUCUCGAAGUUUUCAGUGCUUCCGCCCUAUCACCAGAGGGAUUAUCAGUCCUCUCAGAAAACGCUUUCGAAGGAAACCUGGCUGUUGCUGGCGCUCUGCCUUUCCUGGGAGCUGUAGCUCUUGAAGGUGCUCUACCAUCUGCUGGUGUUGGUGCUGUCAACUAUGGCUGUGGUAACGGACAAGUCGCUAUUUUGGCGGAGGACUUAGCGCCCUCUGCCUUUGCUGGUCCUCUCAGCUACGGCGUUGGUUCUCGUGCUGCUACUGAAACUAUCGGCUACGGUAAUAUUGGCUAUAGCCUCGGGUCCUCAACUCGAUCCUUCGGUGCUGGAUGCGGCUGUGGCUCUAUCAACUAAACAGUUUUAACUUACAACAAAAUAAAUAAAUAUACAUUUCCUGUAUCAGAAUA